UAUAAUAUUUACAAUACAUCAUCAUGCUGUAUAAACUGACCCAAUCCGGUGUCUGUCUUUUGCCCCUGCCCUUAUAUUCCACUCUUUAAUAUUGUUCAGUUUUUAGACAUUGAUUUUAUUUCAUUUAUUUUUACUCACCAAUUUGUUGUCAGCAAAGUUAUACUCUCAUUUUAUUAAUAAGAAAAUUAUACUCACAUUAUGUACUUUAUAUUUAUCUUAUAGUAUACUAUCUGACAUUGUUCUUUGUAUGACUUUCUAUAUAGAUUUAAUUUACCUAUAUAUUUAACUGAUACUACAUACUUUUCUGAAUUUGUUUUAAAUUCCUGUGUGCAGUUUUGGUUUUAUGAAAUAUUCUUCAUUUAACAGUUUUACCUUUCUCAAAAAGGAAACCUGAAGUAUUCUUCUGGAUUAAAAAUAUAACAACUACAAUGUGUUUUCUCAAAGUGAUAAUUGAAAAGUAAAUCUGUAAUCAUUUCCUCUUAGCACUUAUCUCAUUUAUAAUCAUUAUCAUGAUUUAACUUAAAAUAGUGACUUUGCUUCAGGACGCUGACAAGAUCGAGGAAAGGAGCUCUUCAAAAUUGGAAGAGGAGGAAGAAAUUGACAUUGACCUUGAAGAUCCAGAGGUUGAAGCUGCUGCUUUGAAAAUUCAGGGUCAAUUUAAAGGCUUCAAAGCUCGAAAACAAGUCAAAGCAAUGAAGGAGGAAACAAAUAAGGACACUGAAUCUGAAGAAAAAGUUGUUGAAAAUAAUGAAAAUGCUGAAGAAGAAAUAGACAUUGAUCUAAAUGACCCAGAGGUUGAGCAAGCUGCCUUGAAAAUACAAGGACAAUUUAAAGGUUUUAAAGCUAGAAAACAGGUUAAGACUAUGAAAGAGGAACAACAAACUGUGCAAGAUAAUGCAAUUAAAGAUGAAGAGGAACCAAAGAUUGUGGAGGAUGAAGAAGAAGUAGAUAUUGACCUCGAAGAUCCGGAGGUUGAAAAAGCAGCCUUGAAAAUUCAAGGACAAUUCAAAGGCUUCAAGGCAAGAAAACAAGUCAAGGCAAUGAAGGAAGAAGAAAAACCCAUUGAAAAUGAAACUCCAAAAGAUGAGGUUAAACCUAAAGAUGAAGAAGAAGAAGUUGAUAUUGACCUUGAAGAUCCAGAAGUAGAAAAGGCAGCUUUGAAGAUUCAAGGCACAUUUAAAGGUUUCAAAGCUCGACAAGAAAUUAAAGCAAAAAUAGAAGAACAAUCAAAAGAUGACAAAGUUACAAAUGAUGAUAAUACUACUCUACCUCAAGAUCAGGAUGAAGAGGAAAUUGACAUUGACCUUAAUGACCCUGAAGUUGAAAAAGCAGCUCUAAAGAUUCAAGGUCAAUUCAAAGGGUUCAAGGCCAGGAAGUCUAAGAAGGAUGAGCCCAAGGUCAACCAGGAUUGA